UGACCCGUGUCAGAUGGGAUGUAGCGGUUUAAGUUUCUGCAGCAACUUUAAUAAUAGACCAACAUCUUUGUUUCGAAGUUGCAACGCAUUCAGUGAUGAGAUCGCUAGUGACGACUUCAGAUUAUGGUCGGACGGCGUCAUCCGCACACCGUUUGCUGAGAUCCCGGUUCACAACAUUAAAACUUGCCAACCAGAACAAUGGAAAGCUGUGGCUUGUGCUCUGCAGAUUAAACCAUGUAGUCGUCGUACUGGAGAGAGCAUCAUAUGCAGGUACAUAUUACUCUGUUAGGACAGUAACUUGGUG